GCAGUUGGUAAAUGACAGUUACAGAUAAAGCAGGGCAGAAAAAACAUGUAGGGGAAUGAAUGAGCAACUAGGCCUAGGAGAUGCUGAAAUGUGUAAUAACGACAUCAUAUCACACACCUUUGAGCAUCCAUCUGACAACUCUCCCCUCCCUCCUUACUUGCUUCCCAUUUUCAGCAUGCUGGACAGCAGUAACCAGCCUCACUGGAGCAGUGAGCUCGUAGGAGAACAGCUGCAGCAGAAAGUCUCUCAGUUGCAGGACCAGCUGGAUGCUGAGCUGGAGGAGAAGAGAGAAGUCUUACUUCAGCUGUCCAGAGAGAAAGCUCAAAACAACGAUCUGAAGCUUGAAGUUGCAAACCUGCUUCAGAAGCAUAAACAGGAAAUAGAGAUCCUCCAAAAUAAAGACACCAUUUCCCAGUCUCCUGACAGGCAAUCGGAACCAGCCACUCACCCGGCUCUAUUCCAAGAGACCACUCAGAUAGAGCCCUGUGAACCAAAAAACCAAGAAGAAAGCAAACUGUCUCAGAUGUUAAGUGAGUUGCAAGUGUUGCAUGCAGAGACCACACUGGAACUAGAAAAGACCAGAGACAUGCUUAUUCUACAGCGCAAAAUCAACGUGUGUUAUCAGGAGGAACUGGAGGCAGUGGUGACAAAAGCCAAUAAUGAAAAUAAAGAUCACAAAGAAAAACUAGAGAGGUUGAAUCAACUCCUAGACCUCAAGAACAGACGUAUCAAUCAGCUGGAAGGUAUUUUAAGAAGCCAUGGCCUUCCAAUAUCCGAACAGUUCAAAGAUGUGGCUUAUGGCACCCGACAGUUGUCAUUAUGUCUGGAUACACUGCCAGCCCAUGGAGAUGAGGAUAAAGUGAACAUUUCUCUACUGCAUCAGAGUGAGAAUCUUUUUGAACUGCACAUCCACCAGGCCUUCCUGACAUCUGCCGCCCUGGCUCAGGCUGGAGACACCAAACCCACCACUUUUUGCACCUAUUCCUUCUAUGAUUUUGAAACCCACUGUACCCCACUAGCUGUGGGGCCACAGCCCCUCUAUGACUUUACCUCCCAGUAUGUGGUGGAGACAGAUUCCCUUUUCAUGCACUACCUUCAAGGGGCUUCAGCUCGGCUUGAUCUACACCAGGCUAUAGCCAGUGAGCACUACACCCUUGCAGCCGGAUGGAUUUGCUUUGACAGGGUGCUGGCGACUGUGGAGAAAGUCCAUGGCUCUGCUACACUUACUGGAGCUGGUGGAGAAGACUUCGGGGUGCUAGAGUACUGGAUGAAGCUGCGCUUCCCCAUAAGAUCCACCCUACAGGCAUGCAAUAAGCGAAGGAAAGCCCAGGCCUACCUCUCAGCCAAUGUGCUUGGAGCCUGGGAGGCCCAGGAGGGUGAGUUUAGAUCAAAGACUUGGAAGCAUCAGAAUGAGCUGCGAGUGGAAAUCAUCAGGUGCCGUGGUCUCCGGAGUCGAUGGCUGGGAACCCAACCCAGUCCAUAUGCCAUGUACCGCUUCUUCACCUUUUCUGACCAUGACACUGCCAUCAUUCCAGCCAGUAACGAUCCCUACUUUAGAGACCAGGCUCGAUUCCCAGUUCUUAUGACCUCUGACCUGGAUCAAUAUCUGAGGUGGGAGGCCCUAUCUGUGUACGUUUUUGAUGAUGAAGACCCAGAGCCUGGCUCAUACCUUGGCCAAGUCCAAGUGCCCUUGCUUCCUCUUGCGCAAAACAAGUCCAUUAAAGGUGAUUUUAAUCUCACUGACCCUGCGGGGAAACCCAAUGGAUCUGUGGAGUUGCAACUAGAUUGGAAGUCUUCCUACCUACCCCCGGAGAGCUUCCUGAAACCAGAAGGUCAGACUGAGGAGAACCACACCAAGGACAGUGUAGAGAUCUCACCUGAAGAGGCUCCCUUUCCUCCCCAGGACCAGAGGGCAUCUGCUGAGAUUCCCAUUGAAGCUGGCCAGUAUCAAGCUAGGAGAAAAUCUCAGGUGGGAGAAAGGAAGGAAACGGAACACCAGGUCACAAGCUACUCAAGAAGGAAACAUGGCAAAAGAACAGGUAUCCAAGGGAAGAACAGAAUGGAGUAUCUUAGUCGUAACAUCUUAAAUGGAAAUACACUGCAGCAAGUGAACUACACUGAAUGGAAGUUCUCAGGGCUUAAGAUCUCCAUAGAUGAUGGUUUAAAAAAUCAGCAAAAGGAAGAGGAAAUGACAUCAUCCGAUUCAGGACUGAUGCAGAAGGAAGCCCUACAUCCUGUAAAUGACAAAGAAUCCUGCGAACAAGCUUCUGAAGUCAGUGAAGCACAAACUACAGACAGUGACGAAAUAGUGACACCCGUAUCUCAGAAAUGUCCUAAGGCAAAAUCAGAGAAGAUGUGCAUUGAAAUUGUCUCCCUGGCCUUCAACCCAGAGGCUGAAGUGAUGUACGAUGAGAACAUAAAGCAGGUGUACGUGGAGUACAAGUUCUGCGAUUUACCCUUGUCAGAGACGGAGACUCCAGUAUCCCUGAGGAAACCGAGGGCCGGAGAGGAGAUCCACUUCCACUUUAGCAAGGUGAUAGACCUGGACCCACUGGAGCAAAAAGGCCGAAGGCAAUUUCUGUUCGCUAUGCUGAAGAGACAAGAUCCUGAGCAAGGACAUUUAAAGUUUACGGUGGUUAGUGAUCCCAUGGAUGAGGAAAAGAAUGAAUGUCAAGAAGUAGGAUAUGCAUAUCUGGAGCUGUGGCAGAUCAUGGAAUCAGGAAGAGACAUUCCAGAGCAAGAGCUAGACAUUGUUAGCCCUGAAGAUCGGGCUACCCCAAUAGGAAGGCUGAAGGUGUCCCUUCAAGCUGCUGCUGCCCUCCAUGCUAUUUACAAGGAGAUGACUGAAGAUUUUUUCAUGACGUAACAAGUGCUAUUCCAUUCCAAACUCUGAGGGAACCAUAGUAAAAAGUCUCUUAUAAAGUAACUUGCUAUACCAUAAA